AUGGGACCAGAUAUCCAGCAUGCUUGGUACUUGGAGAGUAUACAUAUAUGGGACCAGAUAUCCAGUAUGCUUGGUACUUGGAGAGUAUUGUAUACAGGUAUGGGACCAGAUAUCCAGUAUGCUUGGUACUUGGAGAGUAUACAUAUAUGGGACCAGAUAUCCAGCAUGCUUGGUACUUGGAGAGUAUUGUAUACAGGUAUGGGACCAGAUAUCCAGUAUGCUUGGUACUUGGAGAGUAUACAGGUAUGGGACCAGAUAUCCAGCAUGCUUGGUACUUGGAGAGUAUUGUAUACAGGUAUGGGACCAGAUAUCCAGUAUGCUUGGUACUUGGAGAGUAUACAUAUAUGGGACCAGAUAUCCAGCAUGCUUGGUACUUGGAGAGUAUUGUAUACAUAUAUGGGACCAGAUAUCCAGCAUGCUUGGUACUUGGAGAGUAUUGUAUACAGGUAUGGGACCAGAUAUCCAGUAUGCUUGGUACUUGGAGAGUAUACAUAUAUGGGACCAGAUAUCCAGUAUGCUUGGUACUUGGAGAGUAUACAUAUAUGGGACCAGAUAUCCGGUAUGCUUGGUACUUGGAGGGUAUAUAGAUAUGGGACCAAAUAUCCGGUAUGCUUGGGACCUAGGGUUUACCAGAUAAUGGGUUUUCCCAGAAUCAGGAGCACCAGGCUUAAAACGUAUUAGAUGUACAGUAAUGCAUCUGUAAUUGGCUGCAAAGCUUCUUUUCAUAUCAAUAGAUUUACCCCUAAAAGUAGCUUCAACUGUACACUAUAACAUUAAAAGAGCAAAAAUGAUAUAAGUUAGUGUGCAAACUGUGUUGCAGUCUCCAUUAACGCUCGCCUAAGCAACACAGCAGUGUCCCUAGCAACAGUGCUGUAUGUUACAGACCCCUCUAACCUCUCCACUCAGUUUCAUGAUGGAAACCCCUAGAUACUUAAAACUUUUUACCUUAUGAUAUUUAUUUUUAUUUAAUUUUUUUCCACAUUCUGUACAUAGGAUUGUGUGUGUAUGUAACUGAGUAAAGAAAAUGUAGGAAAU